AACAUUGUAUGCAUUGCAAAGCCUUGGUGGCCUUGUUACUUCAUUGAAAUUUAAAACUGGGUCAACGAAAUUAAAAUAAGCAAAAAUAAUGAAACCAGCUCCACGACAACAGCAUGAAAACCCUUCACUAGCUGUCCCGACGGAGAAAAGCAGUUCAAGAAGUGUAAAUACAUUAAAAAAAACAGUUCCCACAGCAAAAAAACAAAAAGAACAGCUAUUGUAACAAGCCUGCUGUUUGCCUAACACACCCAGGCAGCUAUCUGCAGUUGAUUGAAAUGGAUAUUUAGUGGAAAAAACAUGUUAUUUCUUUUCUGCUUUUAGUUGUUAGAAUCUUCUUUCUUCCACAAAUCACACCAAGAAGAAUAUCAAAGACAUUUCAAUCAUUAACUGUUUUGCUCAACUUAAAUGCAGUAUAUUGAUCAGGAUUAAUUAUUGACCUGAUCCCAGACAGGGGAUACAGCAAUGCAUUUUCACCCAGUGGCUCUUUGUCCGACGAAACAGCUGAUACCUUGACAUCUCGGACAAACAGCAGGGGAAAACAUGAGAAUAACACCAACUUCUCUCAUAUUUUUCCUGGUUGUUGCCUCUGUCCCUGUCUUAUGUGACACCAGGGAGCCUCCAGUCCUGCACCCCGAGGCUCCACCUGCAACAAGCUCCCUGUUCGCUCCUCUGGAUGAUGUGCAUCUCCUGUCCAACGGCCUCCUACAGCUUGGCCAGAGCAUGCGGGAGUUUGUGCAAAAGACAAAGGGACAGAUCACCACCAUCUUCCAGAAGCUGAACAUUUUUGACCGCUCCUUCAGCCAGCUGUCGGCGCUGGCCGGUGAGAUCAAGGAGGGGGAGGAGGAGCUGAAAGAAACUGCUGUUGUGCUAAACACACACAAUGAAGAAAUCAAGGAGCUGUCCGAAAAGAUCAGCUCCAAGAUGGAGAGCCUCCUGCAGGAGAAAAGCCAACUUUUGAACAAAGUGGAAAGCCUGGCGGAGAAACUGAGCAGCCUGUCUGUGGGCCCAGUGACGAUCACCCGGGUAGCAGAGAUCAACAGCCUCAGAGAAGUAAUCCAGCAACAGGAGCAGAGCAUUGGUAACCUGAUGGAAGCUAUGAAGGAACAAGGCAGGAGUCUGGACCACCAGACGAUGAAGAUCAAGGUUCUGGAGGAAAAGCUAGCAGCCAGUACAUCAGCUCAGGAGACCUUUGAGAAGAAGCCAGAGAUCUCCAAGUUUGAACCACCAACACCCUCCCCCUAUCUGACCUCAGGCACCAGAAGCACAGCAGUGAUGCAUUUCCCGUCAGACUGCAGCGAGCUGUUUGAAAGAGGGGAACGGGCAGACGGAACCUAUACCAUCAGACCAAAUGGGUCAGAGCCCUUCAUGGUCUUUUGUGAUAUGAGCAGAGGCCAUGGUGCAACGGUUAUCCAGCAGAGGAAAGAUGGUUCAAUGAAUUUUGAUCAACCAUGGGAAAAGUAUGAAGAUGGAUUUGGAGAUUUGCAAUGGGAGUUUUGGCUCGGCCUCAAGAAAACCUACUCUCUGGCCUCUCAGGGCAACUAUGUCCUUCACAUCCAACUGGAAGACUGGAAGCAGAACCGACACUUUAUGGAAUACAGAUUUCACCUGGAAGGUCCAGAGAGGAGUUAUGCCAUACAACUCAUUCAUCUGUCUGGAAGUCUGCCCAACCCCAUGAACAACCACACAGGCGUGGUGUUUUCCACCAAGGACAGAGACAACGGCAGCCGCUGGGCAUCCAGAUGUGCCCACCCCCAAUCAGGUGGGUGGUGGUUCAGGUCCUGUGGAGACACCAACCUUAACGAGAGAUACUUGCGCACGAGAGCCAAUGGGCGCUCAGAGCGAAGGAGAGGGAUCCAGUGGAAGUCAGGACCAAAGCCAUUUUACUCCUUCACGUUCACCCAGAUCUCCAUCCGUCCUGCGGACUCCAUCAGCCCCAUCUCCCCAGCAUCAGCCCCCUCUGAUGCCACUGUCCGUCUCUGAUGCGACGCCUGCUAUCUCUGAUUGUUGCGCUCAUUCUGAAUGGUAAUGAGACAGCGGCCCCUUUUAGGAAAGCCCUUUCAGUCAGAGCCUCAUUUGGUUAGCCGUGGUUUCAGGGAUUUGGAGGAGAAUGAACAUGUCUCAGUAGCAGCAUAUUAAAUCCGGUUACACAAGCAAUGUGUUGUUGUGUUAAAAAUAACAGUCCAGUGUGCCACUCGGGGCCUUAACGGCCGUGUCGCGUUUCAGGGCAUUAGAGCCUUUUUGUAAAGAUGCUUUUAUAGCAUGAGGUAAUAGAUUCAUGACUGAAUACUGAAGAUGUCAUGUUAGACAUCACCUUUGAUAGACUUUCAAACAUUUAGGCCAAGAAAAAGUGUUUUAACACAUCAGUUUUUCAUGCUGUCGUUAAACGUCUCUUCAUCCUCCACUGGUCAUAUUGUUGUAGCGCAACGGUUUACUUUAGCAGAAACGUCUCAGCACUCGUGAACAAAUAGUUAAUGUAAACUUAGAAUGUGUUAUACAGAACAGCUGCUGUAAUAUGUUUAAAAAAUAAAUUCAAUUCAAUUCCA